AUGAUAUUGGAAAUAAUAGAAUCGUUAUUUUUACGUCGUCGUAAUUAUACGUCAUCUGAUGCUGCACGUGUUGGUCUCGUUUAUAAUAAUCAAAAACGUACUGUUAUAAAAUAUAAUACGAAGGAUGGAGAAGUUUUAGGAAAUUUAUCAAAUCCCGAUUCUUUUUACUAUGAAUGUGAAAGCAUAUUUCGUAGACGUUAUGAAACGUUAUUGUCAUCAUGGUAUUUAUCAACAAAAGAAAAGGAUCAAUUAAAAUCUCAGCAAACUGGUUGUGAAUAUGUUGAUUUUCGAUCUGAGAUUGGACUAUCUAUUGCGUGUGACGAAAUACCUUGUGAUCGACUAGCAACUGUAAUAUGUCAAAAGUCGCCGAUUCGAAAAACACGUGCGACAUAUAUGUAG